AUGAGUUACAAUUAUUCUCACUCGUUUAUCGAAGACCUUUUGGGGUUUUCUGAGUAUGAGUCAGCACCACUUGACGCUGAAUGGGCUCCGCUAGGCUACGGUCCGUUGUCACUUGGAACUUUUACCAAUGCGGCUCCAAUCCCAGAUGAUCCCAACACUAGCCGCUCGCUGAACGCCAAAGUUCCUAUCCCGCGAGCUUCAACGCCAGGCAUUGCCAAAGCCCAUGGCCGAGUGAGCCGAGCGUGUGAAGCCUGUCGCGAGCAAAAAGCGAAAUGUAGCGGACACCAACCCACUUGCAAUAGAUGUGCCCAAUCAGGUGCUAAGUGCUCCUAUGGUGAUCGAAAGAGGGAGAAGAUAGUCAAGCAAUUAACUGAUUUGACCAUCCGAGCGCAAACCUUCGAGGAUCUGCUGCGAACACUCCAUCCGCAACUGGAUACAGCAGCUGCAGAACUGAUCGAGCAAGCACUGACAACUGCCCCAAUCAAAAUCCCCAAAGCACCACAGCUCCCAUAUGGCUCCGUCUUUGCACUCGGCGCUUUUGACUGUACACAGGAAGACCUCAAUCAGGAUUCAAGACUGCAGUCAAUGGGUUUCAUAGGUGAACCAUCGGAGAUGGCAUGCUUGUACCGACUCAAACGUCAACUUGAUCAAAGCAUCUCGACUCCUACUUGUAAUCAGUCGAUCUCUCACAUAAACUACUUUCUGGAUGAUGCUGAUGUUGUUGUUGAUCAAGAGGUGGAUCUGUCUAAGUGGCCCUCUCAAGCUGCGGCUGAUCUGCUUGUGCAUCAUUAUUUUGACAUUAUACAUCCCACAUUCCCAGCUAUUGGGAAGCUGGCUUUCAUUAGUCAGUACCGGAAAUUUUAUUCGAGCCCAAACGUGCGGCCGGGAAGCCGAUGGCGAGCUGUGUUAAAUUUGAUCUUUGCCAUCGCUGCGAGACAUUUACUGCUCACAAGUGGUAAACCUUCAGUCGAGUUCGAAGAUGAUCUAGUCUUCUUUUCAAGGGCAUGGCACCUCAACAUGGACAAAGAAAUGGCCCUGGAACACCCGGAUCUACAACAAGUGCAAAUUGAAGGAUUGAUGUCGUUUUACAUGCUCUCUGUUGGUCAUAUCAAUAGAUCGUGGCGAAUGAUCGGCGUUGCUAUCAGAUCGGCUAUCACAAUGGGAAUCAACCUUCGGAAUGUUACCGAAACUGUUCCUCCAUUGUCCAAAGAGACCAGAUAUCGAUUAUGGUGGGCUCUCAUAACCCUUGAGAUGGUUCUGUGUGAAAUGACUGGACGUCCAACCUGCACGGGGGUGAACUUCUGCACGACACCACUCCCCGUGCCAUAUCCCGAGGAGGACUUUGGGGAUGAGCGGAUCAUGAAGCUUAUUACCGAUCAGACGAUUCGCAGCACCACCGCCAUUUCUGGCUUGCCGAAUAGCUCGAUUACCUCGCUGGAUAGUAUCAUUACGGCCAGCGCACAGCCCGAAGCCAACAACGGAAUAAAGGUAGAACCAGAAGGAGCGGCUGAGAUCCUGAUACCGAACAGUUCGCUAUGCCUACUAUAUGCAGUCGAACUCUCGCUUCUGAUGCGUGAUGCUGUCACAACUCUAUAUGCUCCAACAGCCGCCCAGAAAUCUUGGCACGGGAUUGAAAUUGCUCUGUGCACACUUAACGACGAUGCUGACAGAUGGCUCUCACGCCUACCAGUAGAACUACAAUUCAAGAGUCUCCGCUCAGGGCAACCAUUCCUACGUCAGCGCAUCAGUCUCGCAUUUCAGUUCUAUUCCACAAAGCUGGUCAUCUCCCAGUCAUGUCUCCGCCCAAUAGCGGACCGGCUGUCGGAGGUGAAACCUGUGGUUACGCUAUGUGAAAACAUGGCUACCAUGUGCGUCAAGAUGGCAGGCCUCAUGCUUGAUAUCCUUCCAGAUAAACCCGACAUGGCGCACCUAGAGGACCUUCCCCCAUGGUGGGUUGUCUUCCAUUAUCUGAUGCAAUCCACUGUUGUGCAUCUAGUUGAACUAUUCACUCGGGCCCAGACCGGCACCCCCGAGGCUGUGGGUAUUCUCAAAAACAUUGGGAAGGCUACAGGAUGGUUGGAAAUGAUGUCGAGUAGAGAUCGGUGUUCCAAGCGAGCUUGGGUGGUCUGUAUGGAUUUACUCUCUACCCAUGGUGCAAAGUUAGAGUUGGAGGCCGAUUCUGAGAAAUAG